GUGAGACGAGCGAAGAAUAUAUAAGAUGAUCAUGAUGAUGACCGCCGUGUGUUUUGAUUACCGUCAUUAUCCAAACAACACCUGUUUUUUAACAAUCGCCGAGGUCUUUGAGAAAGUUUUGACUUCGUCCCUCGGUAAUGUGUCAAGAAGCCACGAUGAAGCCCAUCAGUUAUCAUCGAGUUGUUUGUUUUUUUAAGAAAAACACGCAUUAACAAUAUAUAAACGGCACAAACGCAUAUUUUUUUCUUGCACAUAAGACUAUAUUGUAUAGAAGAGAGAACUUUACGACUGCGAGCAAGAAUAAUAUGCAUUUCUGGAUCGACAAGCCCACGGGGAGAUGUCCCCGGAUCCACGGCAGGCGUUAUCGCAUGAACGUCCCAAAAUCACAUUUCGCGAGCCAUCAUCACCAUCGCUAUGCCAUCGACGACGUGGCUGGAUUGCACAUGUUCCCCCCGUUGCCUCGGUUUCAGAGCAACGACGUUAGCUCGGCCGGGCCAAGCAACAAUAACAACAACACUAGGUCGCUGAGACCAACGGCGCAGGAAAGUGUUGAUAGAACUGAUGCGGCGCAACCCGGUUGCCACCAACUGGGACAGGACAACAUCAGCAAUAUUCAUUCUAAUAAUACCGGUAACAAUCAACGGGUACUGCCUCAGUCGACAAAUGAUACAAAUAGAGGCCUUCUCAACGUUUUGGAGUGCAAUGAGGCUGACAUGAGAGUCUACAACGUUGGGAUCACUCUCGUCACCGUCAUUGCUUUUCUCGCUGUCACUAGAUUUUAUUUUGACUACCAGCAAAGCGAAGGAAUCCAGGUGUUCGUGAUAUUCGGUCUUCUGGCGUUCUUACUGCUGUACAGAUGCAUCAUAAGGAUUCUCUGUCCAACCGUGCCGUCGAGCCAUCACCAUCACCAUCAGGAGACAACGCCGGUCUCCGACCCAAUAGCCACCGUGACCGUACUCAACACGAUUUCCAAUGAAAGUAUUAGCGACGUCCCCAUGCCGAUCCGCCAGAAUCCACCUCCCCCGUAUCACAUAGCCAUCCUCAUACCACCACCCGCGUCGGCCGACGAGGCACCACCCCCGGCUUACGACAAAAUCAUUCACUAAAUGAUUCCGUGCAUCGUCAAAGAGAUACUUACGGUGCCACACCAUGUAGCUCUCUUCUCUAUUAUAAUCUAGUCGUUGAUUCGUUCGUUCGUUCGUACGUAAAUAAUAAAAUAUAUUCGGUCGUUUUCUCGAGCUGUAAGUAACUUGCUUUUUUUUUUCUCUUUUCACUUUGCCUCUAUUGGUAUGUAUAAAAAGAAAGAAAAAAAAGAAAAAGGAAAAAAAAAAAACAAUCCUUUGUAUGCCCCUUUAUCUCUCUAUACUUUUUACCUCUUAUCGAUCUCCUCUCUUUGACACUUCGGUAAGGGUAAAUAUUUUGUAUGUAUAUACUUAUGUUCUGUUGUCCUAUUAGGAGCUGAUAACGCGUUUUCAAAUCUUAUAUACUACAACCACGUACUAUCAUAGCUGAGAGACAAAAAAAUAAUAACGGAUUGAAACAAUAUAGUGUAUACAUAUAUAUACAUAUAUAUAUAUAUAAUAUACACAAACACGUAGAUUUUUCGAAUGUGAUAUUUCAUUGGCCAAAGGAGACAACUUAAGAAAGAAACAUUACUUGUAUACUGUAUACUAAUAACUUGAAACGUAAUUUUUAUAUUUUCUUAUGUCUUAUAUAUGUCUUGUAUUGUGUACAUGUCAAAACACAAAGUACGAUUUGACGAAUAGUUUCAUCUUAAUAGUACUAGAUGAUAUGUGCAUCUUAAUCUCGGAAGAAAAAUUAUAACAGUGUUUAAUUCAGCUUAUGGCAUAAAAAUUCUCGAGUACAAGAAUGUAAGAAAAAAAAAAAAAUAAACAAGUAAUGAUAUUUUAAACGCGCGCAACUACAACAUUAUCAAUACAUUAAGCGACAGGUAUGUGCUUAUACAAAAUUAUUUAUUAACAAAAUUUAGGUCAAACAUAUUAUAUUACACAUCUGAAGUAUAAUAUACUUAUAUAUAUUCAUUGGAAAGUUCAUUAAGACAAUUAGUUAUAACAUGAAUAACGUUAAAAUGUUGAAAGCCUAAUAGGUUUGUCGAAAAAAUAAACAUUUAGUUAUUAAAAAAAAAUUUUAAAACAUAUUAUUCACUAUUGUGUAGCGAGGUUACAUAUGAAUUUAUAUAUAAUUUGCAGUACUGCCAAAUAUAUAUUGAAUAUUUUGAUAAAUUGUGUAUUCUCAUGUACUUGAGUAGCAAACGUAAAAGUAUUAUUUUUAAUUCAAUUUUGGAUACAUAUAUUUUUAAACUUAAAAAUCACAGAAUAGUAAGAAAAAGUAUUAAAAUUCUUGUACAUAAUUUCGUUCUCGUUAAGUCAGAAUACUUAUUAAAAGUGUAUGUACAAAGUAAAAUUAAAGUAAUAAAAAUGCUUCUAUUAUUUCUCUGAUAUAACUUUUCCAGUAGUUCAGUUAGAAUACACGCAUAUUAUAUUAAACUGUCAGUGAAUUUUGUACAAAAAUGUUUAUUUCUGCCAAAGUACUCACAUUGGUAGUUAUUACAAGCUGUGACAAUGGUUUCAAAAUAAAGUUUUUUUUCCAAAUACUAAA